GGUAUGCUUUUCUUGGUCGGCCUUGGGCUGGGCUCGCCUGAAGAUAUUUCUCUGCGAGGCUUGAAAGCUCUCCAGUCUUGCAAUCAUAUUUUCUUAGAAGCUUACACUUCGCUUAUGACAGAACUAGAAAUAGAUGAUGGUACCAGUGGCAAGACGCAUUUAGCAAAAAGUCUAGAAUUAGAUGAAUCCAAAAUAGUACUUGCUGACCGAACGCUUAUUGAGCAGAAUUGCGAAAGUGAAAUUUUAUCUAAAGCUGUUGGCCAAAAUGUUGCGCUGGUAAUCGUAGGAGACCCUUUUGCAGCUACGACACAUCAUGACAUAUACCUGAGAGCGAGGCAAAAAGGAAUUGAAGUUGAAACAAUUCAUAAUGCGUCAAUUUUGACGGCUAUAGGCUCAACAGGGCUACAGCUUUAUCGUUUUGGUGAAACUGUUUCAUUAUGUUUUUGGACUGAAACGUGGAAACCGAUUAGCGCGUUUGAAAAGAUUGUCAAGAAUUUCAAGUCUGGACUUCAUACGUUAUGUUUGCUUGACAUUAAAGUGAAAGAACAGAGUAUUGAAAAUAUGUUAAGAGGGAGGCCAAUUUUUGAGCCGCCGAGAUUUAUGUCUGCUAGUCAAGCUGCCUCUCAAAUAUUAGAAUCAAUUGAAAUCUUCAGCGAAACCGAAGGUGCGGGCGAUUCCAAGGAUUGCCCUCUGAAUCUUGAUUCGUUUUGUGUUGGUGUUGCAAGACUAGGAUCGAAAAAUCAAGAGAUAAAGUUUUGCUCUUUGAAGGAAAUGGUUGACUCGGAAUUGGGAAAACCGCUGCAUUCUUUAGUAAUUCCUGCGUCUUUACACGAACAUGAAUCUGAGUUUCUGGAGCUAUUCAAAAAAUAAUUUCCUGACGUUUGUUAGAAAGAAAACGACUGAAAGUUUGUUAUUGGUGGUGCUAUUUUUAGAUCACUGCUUACCUUGAUUUGAUAGCCAAGUGUUUUUGAUUG